AUGCUAACGAGAAAUUCUGCCGAGCAGCAAACAUCAACAAAGCCGCAUUGUAUUAAGAUUGAAAGCUUUUGUCUGAGCACACUCCAUCAAAGGAUGAAAAAACAACCGACGACAAUUCGGCAUUAUGAGACUCGCCACAAACGUUGGCUGCCUACUAAGAAGCCUCACAAACAUCAUCAGCACAAGCACAACCGCAUAGAACAUCAAACUAAGAGUAACCAAGCGGAAGAUGAAAAGAAAUACAAUAACGACGAAGACAUUGAUUAUGCAUACAAGAAUGCCAACGAUAGCGAUGAACUUUUUCUCAACAAUGAGGACGAUGAUGAACAAUAUUUGCCAUACGGACACGUGGACAGGACUGAAGGAUUGAAAGAUAACACAGUUUGCGAUUGGAUAAUUCCAGUGGGUGAAUGUGUAGGGUCAUGCCCGGUAAUGUCUCCAAGUCAAGUUCUACUUUUCAAUCACUCGUGCACUUAUCUAUUCAUCAGUUUUGAAGAUUUCAGAAUCGAGCUGAAAUUUCCUAGCGUUCUUCUUCAACUCAGUCCCAGUUUGAAUGCAUGCCAAAAUGCCUCACUAGUUGAAAUUUAUGACGGUUACGAAGCAUCGGAAAGCCUCGUAGAAAAGUUCUGCGUAGUAAAACUGGAUUCUGAUAAUGAAACUAAUGGAAACACUAUUAACUUUAUUUCAAAAGGCAGUUGA